UCUUGAGUCUGACUUCAGUCCAGAAGAGACCAUGUCCGCCGUCAUAGGCAAACUGUACUCACCUCUACUCUCGUUCACAACUAAUUCUCCAUGAAAUAACAGUAACGCGGGGCCUCAAGGAUGGCCGGUUCGGGUGCUGUUCAGGUGAAACUAGAACUUGGUCAUCGUGCCCAGGUCAGAAAGAAACCCACAGUGGAAGGCUUCACCCACGACUGGAUGGUGUUUGUCCGUGGACCAGAGCACAGCAACAUUCAGCACUUUGUGGAGAAAGUUGUUUUUCACCUACACGAAAGCUUCCCUAAACCAAAAAGAGUGUGCAAGGAUCCACCCUACAAAGUGGAGGAGUCUGGAUACGCGGGCUUCAUUCUCCCUAUUGAAGUUUACUUCAAAAACAAGGAAGAACCCAAGAAAGUUCGCUUCGAUUACGACCUGUUCCUCCACCUGGAGGGCCACCCGCCUGUCAAUCAUCUGCGCUGCGAGAAGCUCACCUUCAACAACCCAACGGAGGAGUUUCGUAGGAAGCUACUGAAAGCCGGAGGGCAGCGGGAUCCUCACAAACGAAGCUCAGAAGACUCAAAAGUGAUGGUAAUGCAGGAGGGCUCGACCUCCCUGUUCGGACAGCACCUGAAGCUGCCUACGCUUCCCAACAGCUCACUGACAUCCACCUUCUCCGACCCAAAGAAGAGCAAAAGCUUCCAUGGGUCAAAGGAUGGCUCCAAGGGAAGUUCUACCCUCCUCACCACCGCCACCACCACCACCAGCACUAACAGCAGCAGUUUCUCCAAACUCCACAAACCAUCCAAGGACCACAAAGACAAGCCUCCAAAAGACUUGAAAGAGCCCAAAAGUGCCUUCAGAGACUCUGGCUGGGAACCCAGCAAAGCCCCCAAAGAACCUUCCAGGAAACCCAAAGAGAACCAGCCACUUAGAGAUAUCAACCCUAAGAUGGGCUUCAAGGAACCCAAGUCUUUAUCCAAGGAGCAUCGGACUGAGGGGAUGACCCACGGGACAGGGCUGAACAAGCGUCUGUCUACCCUUGAUGGUGACGAUCACGUGACCAAAAAACGUAAAAAGGGAUUUGUGGAUUCAUCUGGGAAGCAGACGUCAGACAGUCAACAUUCAGAUAAGAAACUAUUAAAGGAGAGAUCACAGAUGCGAACGAGUAAAUUACGUCCAGACGGUGACGAAGCUGAGCGCAGGAAGGUGCCGACACUUCCUCCAUUCCAGGAAAUAGUGGACCCCAAUGACUCGGAUAUGGAGGACCAGUCUAACAAAUCAGAUUCAGAACAGCCCAGUCCUGCCAGUUCCAGCUCCAGCUCAGGCUUCGCUCCCACACACCACAAACGCCAAGUGGUGGACUUCAUCAUCAGGAAAAGGGUGGCUAUUCCGGCCCCCACCCACACAGUGCUCGGCCCACUGCAGUCGGUCAUGCAGGAUCUGCACUCGGAUGACAACGACGACGACUCAGAGGACGACGACGAUAAUGAUGUGGACUCUGACAUGGAGCGUCCAGCACACACUCACCUCACACAUCAUCAACGCAGGGUCAGUUUGAGUGAUGGCAGUGAGAGUGACAGCUCCUCCCCCUCUCGCAAUGAGGCCCCACCCUUACUAAAGACUACUAAUAACCAGAUACUGGAAGUGAAGAGUCCCAACAAGCAGAGCAAGCAGGACAAGAACAAAAACAGUGAUUGUGACAAGGCUUACCUGGACGAGCUGGUAGAGCUGCACAAACGACUGAUGACACUAAGAGAAGGUCACAUACUGCAACAGAUUGUGAACCUCAUCGAGGAGACUGGACACUUCCACAUCACAAACACUACUUUUGACUUCGACCUUUGCUCCUUGGACAGAAGUACAGUCAGGAAACUGCAGAGUUACCUGGAAACCUCGGGUCUGUCCUGAGGCUGUGAGCAGCUGGCUGCUGGAUCUGUCUACACACACACAACACACACUUUUUUGUUAUUCCUGAAUAAACUGAAACUUUGGAUGCAAUGCAAAAGCCCGACUGGGGCUGGGUCCAGUUGCUGUGUGUCCGGCCUGCUGGUUGGACUGGGCUCUCUGAAUGAAGCGGUCGUCCCACUACAGAAACCAGAGCCAGGUGUUGUGGGGAUGAGCCCUGUCGAUCGGGAGAUCACCUGGAAAGCCUUGAAAACUUUACUUGAUUUAAGAAAAAAAGAAAAAAAAAAAGGUGGGGAGCGCUGACCUUGUUGCUCUUAAUGAAUGUGCAUAUUGUUACCAUGUAUGUUUUUGAUUUGUUGUUCAUUGUGACAAAUGCAUGGUCAACAUUGCUUUACAACAUUGUAGGUCUUAUUUAUUGAAUUUAAUUUGCAGGUGUGUGUGUGUAUUUGAACUGGCAAAAAAGAAAAA